AGUUGUCUUGAAAGGUGUCAGAUGCUUUCACUUUGGACUCGAAUUAUUUUUCAAUUCAAUUCGAAAACUAUCGAUCGAAUCGAUAAUAAUUAUUGAUCGAUUUAUCAAUUACUGUCUGUGAAUCGUCUGUGGAAUUCUCGGAGCAAAAUCCAUUCGCCAAACAAUGGAUUACAACAGGAUUGACAGCAUUUCAAGGUCACAACAUCCGAAUAAACAAUUGACUGAUGUACAAUAUGGAACAGCUGGUUUUAGGGCGAAAUCAGACCUUCUGGAUCACGUUCUCUACCGGAUGGGAAUCCUGACAGUUCUACGAUCGAAGCAAAAAAAUGCAACAAUCGGCCUGAUGAUAACAGCAAGCCACAACGAAGAGCCAGAUAAUGGAGUAAAACUCGUCGAUCCAGCUGGUGAGAUGCUGGAUUCCUCCUGGGAGUUGAUUGCAACAGAAUUGGCGAAUAUUCCAGACUCAGAGCUAGUGAAUGCCCUAAAAAAAAUUAUCAAAGACGAAAACAUUAACGAGGACUCACCAUCAAGUGUAAUAAUAGGGAGAGAUACUCGGGAAAGUGGCUGGUCCCUUUCCAGAGCUGCAAUUGAUGGUAUAAACGCAGCUGAUGGCAUCAUCCAGGAUUUUGGCAUCAUCACGACACCUCAGCUGCAUUAUUUGGUCGUCUGCUCCAACACCAAUGGAUCCUACGGUGAACCAACUGUCGAGGGAUAUCUUUUAAAACUUGUAAAUGCCCUUUUAAGUAUCAAGAAAGCCAAGAACAAUGAUCUAUAUGUGGGAGAGAUUUAUCUGGACGCUGCCAAUGGAGUUGGGGCAAUUGCUGCUAAAGAAUUCCAGGAAAUUCUCCAUGACAAUUUGAGUAUUCGAAUUUUUAAUGACGGAAAUGGACCCCUGAACCACAAGUGCGGUGCUGAUUACGUAAAAGUUCAACAAUGCCCUCCCAUCAACAGUCCAGGAAAAUCUUUGACGAGGUGCGUAAGCAUCGAUGGAGAUGCUGACAGAGUGAUCUAUUAUUAUCUAGAUGACAGUGAUAAGUUUCACCUGCUGGAUGGAGACAGGAUAGCGACCUUGAUAGCCAGUUACCUCAAGGAACUCGUGGAGGAGAGCGAAUUGAAAAUUCAACUGGGACUAGUCCAGACAGCUUAUGCCAAUGGGGCUUCAACGACUUACAUUUCUGAAUUUCUGAAAAUUCCUGUUGUCUGCACCGAGACUGGAGUUAAACACCUGCAUCAUAAAGCCCUGGAAUUCGACGUGGGGGUGUACUUCGAGGCGAAUGGCCAUGGGACAGUCGUCGUCAAGGAUAGCGUCCUGAAGAUGAUUAGGACAGCCUCCCAGAAUAUGAAUCUUCCGAAGAAAUGCAGGACAGCAUCAUCAAAGCUGACGAGUCUGAUUGACGUGGUGAAUCAGACAGUCGGAGAUGCUCUGAGUGAUAUGCUCCUGGUGGAAGCAAUUCUCUACGUCAGGGGGUGGGACAUCGUCACCUGGGAGAGAAGCUACACAGAUCUGCCCAACAGGCAAUUGAAGGUCAAGGUUCAAGAUAGAAAUGUCAUCGAGACGACUGAUGCUGCGAGAAAAUGUGUGUCACCUUCUGGUCUCCAAAGUAAAAUCGAUGAACUCGUGGCACGGUACUCGAAGGGACGAGCAUUUGUUCGGGCGUCUGGGACAGAGGAUAUCGUCAGGGUUUAUGCAGAAUGUGACAGCUCCUCGGAGGUGGAGAAAUUCGCUGCUGAAGUGGCACUAGCUGUUCAUCAACUUGCUGGUGGGAUUGGGCCCGAACCCAUCAUUCCUCAGUGAUAUCAGGGCUUUUUUUUAUUUCAUAUCUUGUAUUUUUAUGGAUUUGGUAUGAAUAAAAAUGGUGAAAAUUACUGAAAACAU